CCUCACUGCCAACCCAGCAUUACACCCUGUAUGCUCUUGCUUAUGUCGGCGAGUCAGAACCCAGAGCACGCUCAUUUGGCCAUUUCGUGUUCUCAGAUAGUUUCUCUCAUUUUCCGGGAAAAUUUAGACGCUUUACUCGAAAAAUGAUGAAGAAAGGGUCGAAUAUGUAUGGUAGAAUGAGUAGUAGCUCGGCAUCGACGACGACAACUUCGUCGUCGUCUUUUACGUUAAGAGACAAAGACUUCGAGUGGGAGAUGAGACCAGGAGGCAUGCUUGUACAGAAAAGAAACGAAAAGAUCGAUAUUCCGCCAGCUAUUUUACGCCUCCGAAUAGCUUACGGUGCUCUCCGAUACGAGAUCUUGGUGGAUGCUCAAGCAACUUUUGGGGAGUUGAAGAAGCUUCUAAUGGCGGAAACAGGGUUACAGCCUCGUGAUCAGAGGCUAAUGUAUAGGGGAAAAGAGCGCGAAAAUGGACAGUAUCUGGACAUGUGCGGAGUCAAAGAUCGAUCAAAACUCACACUAAUCGAGGACCCAGCCAGCAUAGAGAGGAGAUAUAUCGAGACGCGUAAAAACGCCAGGAUUCAAAGUGCUCAUCGUGCCAUCUCUGCUGUAUCCAUGGAGGUCGAUAAGCUUGUAGAACAGGUUUCUGCAAUUGAAAAAUCCAUCUCAAAUGGAAUUAAGGUGCCAGAAGUUCAAAUCACAACAUUAAUUGAGAUGCUCAUGAGACAAGCAAUUAAGUUAGAUAGCAUUUCUGCAGAAGGAGAUGCUGCUUCUCUCAAAAUUUUGCAGAGUAAGAGAGUGCAGAAGUGUGUGGAAACUCUUGAUGUGCUAAAGAUAUCCAAUGCAAAAGUGAAGCCUGUUAUUGCCACAACUAAAUGGGAGACCUUUGAUCCUCCUUCGGCCUUGGCUCAGUGGGAAAUUUUUGAUUGAUUUUCCCCACACUUUUCAUUUUCUUUUUUUCAUUCAUCUCUAGCUCUAGCUCCAGAGAAACAUUAGCAAACUACUCCACUUGUACCUGAAAGUUCUUCAGUUCCUCAAGAACUUCGUCAAUAAGCGUUGGUGAUUAUAAUUUCAUAUGAUUGGAGUUUUAUGGAAACACAAUAUUAUGAUAACUCUAUCGGAAAAUUACUCGACGAUUAUUUU